ACCAACCUUCCAUUCCGGCCAUCCGAUCGAUCUGGCGGCGCGAGCACACUAGCUAUAGCUGCCCCCAUUCCCGAAUCCCUACGCCCGCCGUAUAGCAAGCACUCACCGGCGCCGCCUCCGUCUCUACAGGUUCGCCGGGGCGCUAGCUAGCUAGGGACCUCGAGUUCCUGGUCCUGCACUCCUGCUUCCUCUUCCUUCUCGCCGCGUCGAUCGAUCCCCUCCUGAAGCGAAGCAUGGCCUCAGGCUCCAGCUCCCGUGCCCGCGGAUCCGGCGCCCGAGGCAGCAGCUCCCGAGCCCGUGCCGCUCAAGCUCCUUCGGCUGAUGACGCCCUCCUCGUCCCCCAGCUCAACCCCAUGUUCGUGGCUAUGCCGGCCGCGGAUCUCGUGGCCUACCUGAACCAGCACCGCCGCACGGACAACUUCGUCGACGCGGCGCUCGUGUUCGCCUCGCGCGAGCGCAGGCUCACCGAGGCCGAGGAGCGCAUCGACAGCCUGCUGCACGAGAUCAGGGCGCGCGAUCACAGCGCCCUCGAGGCGGAGGACAAGAUCCGCCGCGCCGCCGAGACGGAGGCGGCGCUGCGGGCCAAGAUCCGCACGCUGCAGCUUGGUGCCGCCGCCCUCAUCUCGUCCGGCAUCAGCGGGGGCGGCGGCGGCGGCGGCCUCGCGCAACAGGCUGCAGCUGCAGGUCAUGGUCGCGAGGAGCCUGUGCCUCAAGACUUCAUCACGGCCAGUGAUGAUAGCGUGGGCUUUGAUGACGCCACCGGCGUCGUCCAGACUACGGUCGCCCAGGGAGAGGUCGGCGACGACGUGCCUAUGAAGAUGAGGCAUGGGGCGCUGAACCGCGCCGCGCCGCACCACCUCGCUGCUGCUCCGGUGCCUAGUGCCGCCGCCGCCGCCCUGAUCUCGUCCGGUAUCAGCGGGCGCGGCCUCACGCAGGAGGCUGCAGGUCUUGGUCGCGAGCCUGUGCCUCAAGACUUCAUCACGGCCAGUGAUGACGGCGUGGGCUCUGAUGCCGCCACCGGCGUCCAGACCAUGUUCGCCCAGCGAAAGGUCGGCGACGACGUGCCUAUGAAGAUGAUGCAUGGGGCGCUGAGUCGCGCCGCGCCUCACCUCGUUGCUGCUCCGCUGCCACGCGCUCCGCCGCACCUCGCUGCUGCUCCGCUGCCACGCGCUCCGCCGCACCUCGUUGCUGCUCCGCUGCCGGACACGCUGAUUGAUGACGAUAAGAGGGCAGCGGAGCAAGUCGCCGCAAACAUUGCCAGCAAGUACGAGGUGGCUCAGGGAGACCACAAGGUUUCAGAAGAUGUCCUCAGAGCAAGCACCACUGCUCCGGCUGUCCCUGAUCGUCCUGAUGAGAGCCCUGAAGCUGAAGACGGUGGAAGCAACCGUGCUGCUUCUGAAGCCGGGCCAAGGCUGAAGCGGAAGCGCCAAGCUCGACCCAACAAGAGAUUCGCUGGCCCCGAGUGGGAUGUGUAGCUAUAAGCCUACUGUGUGUACUGUGUUGGAGUGAACGCAGAUUUUCUUUCCUUCAAGGGCACGUGCCCUUGCAAUAUGGACUAUAGGAUUUGCAUUGAGAUUGGUGUCCAGCAAAUGAGCUCUCUCCUGCUGGGCACGUCACGAGUCUCAGAACGAAUCUUGUGGUUCAUAUUACGAAGGCACAUGCCCUUAGCAAAUUUUACUUUAUCGGAGUCUGUCGAAGAAUAAAAACUCAAACUCAGUUUAAUUUUAAUAGAAAUUCUGUAGGGGCGGGAGCCCCCUCUAGUUUUAUUAAA